AUGAACGACCCAAAGUAUGGUUAUCCCUACCCUGCUCAAGGUCAAGGAGGUUAUUACCAAGGCCCGCCAGUAAUGGCACCUCCACAGUAUGCUGCUCCACCACCCAGGAGAGAACCAGGCUUCCUUGAGGGAUGUCUUGCUGCUCUGUGUUGCUGCUGCCUUAUUGACGAGUGUUGCUGCGAUCCCUCCGUCCUCUUUUUCUUUUAG